GGCACAUAGUCACUUGGUAUAACAAAUAUCAUUAUCAUUACUGUUACGUGCCAAGCGCUGAAUUAGUCGAGGAAGGUUUCUCGACUACUUCUGACCUGAUUACCUUCUGUCUACCCCAGCGUUUGACAUAGUAUUUGGCACAUUUCCAGCAUUUAACAGAUGGCAUCGUUAUUAUCGUUACUGUUAUUAUAUGAGAUUUUAGGCUUUGAAGAUGGGCAGCGAUGGGAUCGACAGUGGGGCGGAGAGUCGUGGGGAGGAGAGUUCCAGGCCACCCCCCGCCUCAGGAAAAUGCGAGUGAGGAGCUCGCACCAGAGAAGUAAUGACUGUGAACAGCGUCACGCUCUGCUACCGGAACAAAACCAUUCUGGCCCCUAUGGUGCGAAUCGGGUCGUUGCCUAUGCGUCUCCUUGCCCUGGACCUUGGAGCUGACAUUGUCUACAGCGAGGAGCUGAUUGACAUAAAGAUGCUUCAGUGCAAGAGAGUUGUAAAUGAGGUCCUGAAUACCAUCGACUUUGUAGCUCCCAACGAGAGGGUCAUUUUCCGAACCUGUGAGAGAGAGCGCGAUCAUGUUGUCUUCCAAAUGGGAACAGCAGAUGCCGAGAGAGCCCUCGCCGCCGCCAAGUUUGUGGAGAAUGACGUAGCUGGCAUUGAUAUUAACAUGGGCUGUCCGAAAAAAUUUUCUAUUCAGGGAGGAAUGGGAGCAGCAUUGCUGUCUAAUCCAGACAAAAUUGAAUUGAUUCUAAGUACUCUCGUUAAAGGGAUUUGCAAACCGGUGACCUGCAAGAUUCGGAUCCUGCCAUCGCUCGAGGACACACUGGACCUCGUUAAACGGAUAGAAAAGACAGGCAUAGCCGCCAUCACGAUCCACGGGAGGAAGAAGGAAGAGAGGCCCCAACAUCCCGUCCACUGUGAUGUUAUCAAAGCCAUCGCUGAAGCCAUCUCUAUCCCAGUAAUAGCCAAUGGAGGGUCUCACGACUACAUUAAGGAGUAUUCGGAUAUAGAAGUCUUCCGGCAAGCGACAGCUGCCUCUUCGGUGAUGGUGGCCCGUGCGGCCAUGUGGAAUCCAUCCGUCUUUAGAAAGGAGGGCCUGCAACCCCUGGAAAAGGUCAUGAAAGAAUAUAUCAAAUAUGCAGUGAGAUUCGACAAUCACUACAUCAACACCAAGUACUGUUUGUGUCAGAUGCUGAGAGAACAGCUAGAAAGCCCCUUGGGGAAAAAACUCCAUGCGGCACAGUCUUCUCAGAAUAUCUGUGAAGUGUUCGAACUGGACGGUUUCUAUGAGGAAGUGACUGCAGAGCUGGCAGCCAAGAGGGUCUUGCAUGAGGCCCUGGGGCAGGAAGACGUCGACCAAAUGGAUGAUGCAGAUGUGAUAGAGAUGGCAGUUAAAUUUGACAAGCGAGAAUACCCGGCCCAGAUCACUCCCAAGAUGUGCUUACUGGAAUGGUGCCACAAAGAGAAGCUUCCUCAGCCGGUGUACGAGACGGUUCAGAGGCCGUCAAAUGGACUGUUCUGUUCGGUUGUUACUGUGGCUGAGCAGAAGUACAAGUCAUCCAUGUGGGACAAGUCCAAGAAGUUGGCGGAACAGGCCGCGGCCAUCGUCUGCCUGAAGGCCCUGGGACUGCCCACCGGGGAGCUGAGCGAGGGAAAAGACCAGUACCUGCACAAGCGCAAGUGGGAGGGCCCGGACUUUUUGAACGGCAGCGAGGUCGAGAACUGCCUGAGUGAGGAGGGAGCCCCUCAUAAAAGGCUCUACGCCAGAAGCCUGUGACCGCCUCUCCCUCGAGGGGCUGUCGGUUGGCCAUCGGUCCCUGGUCUUCCUCCUCCUCCUCAGCUCCCCAUCCACUGUCCUGUUUUUUGGCCCUGUGAAGACCGCCCAUCUGUACUCUACCUACCACCAGGAGUGCCCACUUUUCAAGCACAGGAGCGAACUUGGUGUGGCGUUCUCGAGGCAACGAAGAGAGACACGGCCUCACACAGGGUCAGAGAGGUAGAAAUACAGACACGGGGCGAGAAAGGAAGAACCGCAGCAAUACGUGGGGCUGGAGGGCACGUGGAAAGUAGACGGGGCCAGGCGGGCAGUCUGUGACCUAAGGUGUGUGGCCCUCAGGAGGAGGCAAAUUUGACGCAUGCUUUUCAGACGGAUUUUCCAGGAAGGAGCUAGGGAAACCAAGUAUCAGACCUGAUCUCCACUAGUUUUUUUUUUUUUUUAAUGGUUUUGCUGAUUGGGUGUUGGGUUGGUGUGUGCAUGGCGAUCAGUCGUAUUUAUUGAACACCUACACUGUGUGCAGAGCACUGUAAUGAGCACUUGGAGGAGUGCAAUAUCACAGACACACUGCUGCCCACAACGAGCUGUGUGUGGCCCCCGACCUAGUCUUAACAAGCUACACAUAAAGCUGGCUGACAGAGAGGCCCAGCCGUUCAUCCAGAAUGACCAAAGAGUGGGUAAUGAUGAUAAUAAUUGUAUUUGUUAAGCUCUUACUGUGUACCAGGCGCUGUAAUGAGCGCUGGGGUAGA